AUGGAUAUGGUUCGGAGCUGGCUGCAGUCACCAACCGUGAAGCCUACUAAGGACUAUGUGACGUCUUCACUUGAACCCUGGGUCAGGAAGCUUAGAAAUGACAAUAUGGCAAUGAUCUACACUGCAACGGCAGUAGGAGCUCUGCUAUUGGUGCUAGUGUUCAAGCCCUCAAAGAGCAGCAAGCCCAAGAAGUCGCAUAAAUCUAAAGGCAAGAAGGCUAAAAAUCCGGAGCGCAGUGUGCAGCGCAAGCCGUUGACCUUGGAGGAGCAGAUCGAAGGCGUGCAUCAGAAAUUUGUCAACGAAUAUAAAGAAGGACUAGAUCGCCUUGCCAAAAAUUACGACGCCAAGUCUGAGAAGGACCAGUAUCAACUCAACUACUACAACGAGAUGCUACUGAAGUUGGUCAUUGAGUUGGACGGCGUUGAUCUCGUAGAGGUGGAGCCCGAGCUCAAGGCCAAGCUCAAAAGCAGACGCAAGCAAGUGAUUCACGAAAUACAGAGCAAUUUGAAAAAACUAGAUCAGCUCAAGCGCCAGUGA